UUUACACCUGCCACCUAGCGGGCGUAAAUGCCGCAGGACGACAAUCGGAUGGUAUCGGUACAUUACGGACAAUAUCAUCAGCUUCCGAAGGAGACCAAGCGAGAUUUCACGGGAUUGAACGAGAUUGUUAGCGUUUGUUGUUGGUGUCCAGACAGGGAAUCCAUAAUGGACGUGUUUUUGAUGAUUAGAAGGAAGAAGGUCACUAUUUUUACAGAUGCUAAAGAGACUACGUCUCUCGGGGAAGUGAAGAAAAUAAUUGAAGGCAUUUGUAAGGUUUGCCCAGAGAAUCAGAAGUUAUUUAAAGAUGAUCAGCCGCUCACAGAUGACCACAAGACACUUGGAGACUAUGGCUUCACAGGAGCAACAGCUAGAGCCCAAGCCCCUGCUACUUUAGGGUUGGCUUUCAGACAAGAUGAUGGAGAGUGGGAAGGACUAGAGAUAUCAUCAUAUUCCAGCCCUCCAGAGCUGCCUGAUGUGAUGAAGCCUCAGGAUUCCUCUUCCUCACAUGCCCAAGAACAACCAGCAUCUUAGACUAGUUUCUCAUUCAUUAUUCACUUCUUCCCAUCUUGGAACGUCUCACAACUAAAACAGCUCUUUUUCUGUAUUACUGCACAAAAAUGCAGAUGAUGAUAAUGCAAACAAUCGAGAAUAAACUGUUCAAUCAUAGUCCAAGUGUGACAGUAACAAGCAGACUAUUGAUUAACCAUCUGUUAAACAACAAAUAAACGUUGCAUGUUCUUACUCAGUUCAUCUUCCAUGAAUCGCAAAUUUUAUUUUACUGGAAAAUGUAGAUAUUUUAAUUUGUUAUGUGUAGCUGUCUUUUCAAUGUGUACCAUAUCUCAGCUAAAAUGUGUUACAUGGCCUAUAUUUUGCAUUUUGUUUUAUUAUCUGGUAAAGCUGUAAAGAGAAAUGGGUAUUUGCUCUGUCCUAUGAUGAAAUCCUGUUUCAUGUAAGGCCAUUCACUUGAACUGGUUUUUACUUCUAUGAUAAGCAUAAGUGAGGUCUCGGUUACUGGAUUUUAUGACAUCUCAGAACUUUAGCCGUGUGAAACUUCUAGGUAAACUAUUGCAAUUAAUUUGGACUGUCUUAUAUUUCUAAAAUAUAAGAAAUAAUAAUGCAUUAAAGUUUAAGAUUUGAACAAAUAUUAUUACACAAGGAAGUAGUUUUUUUUGUAAGGAAGAUAUCUAAUAAAAAUAUAUGUAAAUAGAAA